AUGUUGGAGCUGGUUGUUCUUUGCCUUGGAGCUUUACUUCUUGUUUGGUUUUGCAUUUGGCAAAAUCCCAAGCGCAAUGGAAAACUCCCACCGGGAUCCAUGGGCUUCCCAAUCAUCGGUGAGACCAUGGAAUACUUCUCUCCUUAUUCAUUACUUGAGAUUUCGCCAUUUAUGAAGAAAAGGAUUGCCAGAUAUGGGCCAAUGUUCCGAACGAGUCUUGUCGGCCAGAAGGUGGUUAUGGUAACUGAUCCUGAGUUAAUCUCUGGCAUGCUCAAACAAGAAAUUAUGCCUCCUAUUCAAUGGUUUACUCAGUAUAGUGUCAAAGUGAGUGGAGAAGACCAAUUUGUUCUCAGUGCCAGUUUUCACAAGUAUCUCAGGAGCUUUUUCAUGCACCAACUUAGCCCCGAAAGCCUCAUGACUGGUGAGUCGAUUCGCGAAAUAGACCAGGCGACUCGCAGACAUCUAAAUUGGUGGGCUACCCAAGGCGCAAUUGAUGCCAGACAAAUGGUAGCCGAAUACGUCGCUAAGAAAAUCGGUUAUGAUGAACCAAAUGCUGCAGAGAAACUUAGUGAGAAUGUCAGAGCUUUCGUUGAUAAUAGGACAUCAUUAAUUCCUUUGAACAUCCCAGGAACCGCUUAUCAUGCAGAAUUAAAGGCAAGUAGAAAUCUUAUGAAGCUAAUCGAUGAAACCUUUGAGAAGAGGAAGGCAUCAAAGAUAAAUCAUCAUGACACUUUUGUGGAUCAUUUACUUGAGGAACUGAAGAAAGGAGACACCGGUUUGGAUGAAGCAAUUGCCAGAGACUUGGUCCUUUUAUUUAUAAUAACAACCUCUGAAGCUAUCACUUUGUCCAUCACAUUAGCGAUGAAGCUCAUUGCCGAUCAUCCCAAAGUGCUAGCUGAAUUAAUGAAGGAGCACGAGGCUAUUAUUGAGAGCCGGGUCGAAGAUAAGGAGCUUGAAAUCACGUGGGAAGAAUAUAAAUCCAUGGAGUUUACUCACAUGGUUAUCAAUGAAAUGGUUAGGGUAGGAAAUCUGGUCCCAAUUCUUCCCAGAAAACUUCCAAAGGACGUCGACAUAAAUGGAUAUACAAUUCCAGCAGGUUGGUUUUUAGUAGCUGAUCAAACAGUACUUCAUUUUGAUCCUAAUUAUUUUGAUGAGCCGUUUGCCUUUAAUCCAUGGAGAUGGGAGGGAAAAAAGGGGCAUACCGGAACUAAAACCUUCAUACCUUUUGGUGGAGGAGCAGGAUUCUGCGUUGGAGCCAACUUUGGAAAGCUUCAGAUUGCAAUUUUUCUACAUCACCUGGUCACCAAAUACAAGUAUGGAAACCAUAUGCCACCCAUUUGA